CCCAGACGAGCAAAGCUGGUUUGUGGCAUAUUCAAGUUGAACAGCCCCAGACCGAGUUCGCUUGUUCUAUCCAUCCAACAUGUCAAGACCAUCCAGCCAGGGGCCGGUGGAUAGCACGGUUAUCACUGAUCCCAGCUGACAAAGCUUGCCGACACCAUGAGCAAUAAAACGAAGACUUUUCGAGUUCGUUGGGUGCCAGCAGAAAUCACCCGCCAGAGCCUCGCCCAGUUCUUACAAGGCUCUGUGCCUGAUCUCGGCGGAGAAGCGAACAUCCAUAUUCGCUCUCUCGCGCCAUCACCGGACGAUUGGACUUCGCCUCGAUCACAAACAGCGACACUGGAGUUCCAUGAAAUACCCAAGCCGCUACAAGACGCGAAUAGAACGACCUGGGAAUUUGCCCCCAUUGGGAGUGAUUCACCACUCAUAUUCGACACAGAUUUCCUAGGAUUUACUCCUCUGAAUAGCGUCGAUGGCCGUCACCAUACAUGCGACUUGGUCGCUGUUUCUGGCCUCGCAAGUCAUCCGUUCGGCUCAUGGAGACAGAGAAGGCCGCCUGGGCAGCGUCAGUUCAUGUGGCUCCGAGACCAGCUCCCUCGUGACUUUCCCACUGUCCGCUGCAUGAUCUACGGAUAUGAUACGAAGCUUGUGGAGAGUAAUUCAUUCCAAUCUCUCGACGAUCUUGCUAGGUCUUUCAUUCAUCAUCUGUUGACUAUUGGGCGAGCAGAGCAUUCCGCUAGACCAUUGAUCCUUUUAGGUCAUAGCCUCGGCGGCAUUCUCGUGAAAAGAGCACUUUUAUAUCUCGCCGGGUCUGGAGAGGCCAAGAAGACUAUGCUUUCCAAAAUCAAGUUGUUCAUUGCAUUCGGAGUACCGAACCGAGGGAUGCGGAUCGACCAUCUACUUAGCAUUGUAGGAUUGCGACCCAACAAACACCUGAUAGAGUCUCUCGCGGAGCCUCCUCCAAACGUCCCAUCCUGGCUCUCCGUGGUGGAUGAACAGUUCUCUGGAAUCGCGCAGCACUACGAUAUCCGGGUUGUUUCGGCUUUUGAGACCGAAACUACACCCUUAACUGAGAUGCAAUCAAAUGGUGAGGCGCAGAGAACCGGUACUUCCGAGAUUCUCGUACAGCGUGACUCUGCGGUACAACGCAGCUCUAGGGACCACCAGGACAUAUUACACAUCAACAAAAAUCAUUCAGACAUGGCCAAAUUCGAAAGAAAUGACCUUAACUACUUCGUUGUUCGCAAUUUCGUACGCGAGAUUGUGGAUGCGAGAGAGGGUGGCCUGGUAUCGGAGCGAGUCUCCCGCGCGCCGACAUCAUUUCUGCAAAACCUCAGGCCUCAUGGCAAAGAAUCUGCCGAUCCCCACGACACAGCGCACGCGGAAUCGGAAAUGAUCGACGACAUAGAAUCUUCAAAACGCGACAACGUUGUGGACUCCAGAAGACUUCUAAAAUCUCUAAAUUUUGAGGAGAGCAGUUUCCGCUUCCAGGCAAUUGAACGAGCCCACGAGUCCACCUUCGGCUGGAUUUUUGAGAAGGCCGAAUUGGGUUUCAUACCCUGGAUCUUGAAAGGAACGGGCGUAUAUUGGAUUCGUGGGAAGGCAGGCUCGGGGAAGAGCACAUUUAUGAAAUACCUUCACAACACCGAACAGCUCAAGGAGGCAAUAAGAGCCAGAGGUACACGAAAACAGCAAAUCGACUUGUGGUUCUUCUUCAACGAGAGGGGUACGUACCUCCAAAAAUCCUUAGAUGGAUUGUUGCGAGGAAUGCUGGCGAAUUUGGUCUCCCGAGAGUCUACCAUCGCUGAGCUGGUGCUCGAGAUUUACCGCUCCAAGCCUCGACAAAUCCGUGACCGUUGGAACUUCGAAGAUCUCAAAGAGGCUUUCGCCGCAGUACUUACGCAAGAUAAGCACGACCUCGAGCUUACAAUCUUCCUCGAUGCUUUGGAUGAAUACUAUGGAUUUCCGGAAGUAAUCUCCCAAUGGAUUCUUGAGACUGUGUCUACCUCACGAGACUCAAGUAGCCGGACGAAAGUCAGGUUUUGUUUUUCCAGUCGAGAAUGGGACAGCUUUGUCAAGGCUUUCAGCAGUGAGCCUGGAUUUGUGUUGCACGAGCAUACGUACCAAGACGUGGAACAAUAUACAAUCAGCAGACUAUCACGGCUGACUUCACAACAUCCAUACUCCGCGGACGAUCCAUCGACCCCCAGCAGCCAGCUUCCGCCUGCCGAGGUGGUUCGCCUGAUCGCGACCCGAGCAGAAGGAGUUUUUCUCUGGGUAAAGCUCGCAAUUGAUGCAAUCGCGUUGUCACCAACGAUUUCUUCGCAAGAAGAGCUUGAAACGCUGAUCAGCGGACUGCCGGCGGAUUUGGAAGACUUCUACAUGCGAAUUAUUUCGAGGAUACCCAAGCCUUCACGCUGGAGAGCAUUUACCCUCUUGGAAAUAGUGUCUCGUAGCUCGGACUUGGUCACACCUCAAGAUUUAUUCUUCGCCUCAGCGUGUGCUACGGGGAAUACUUUUCAAGAAUGCAAGAAACACCUGCGCAAUGCCGGAUUCCCAGUUGAGCGAGCUUCGAACGAUGAAUCCAUCAGCAGAGACCUUGUUAACCUUUGCGGAGGCUUUCUCGAGUGCGUGGACGUAGAUGCGGUGUCCAACGAACGCAGAACAGUUGUCCAAUUCAUCCAUCGAACUGUGCGCGACUUUGUGGCAAGUCCGCAGUUUCCACAGGCCAUACUGGGCGAUGCCUACAGGCUGCGGUUGGACAAUGGCUACACCUUUUUACUGAAGUAUAAGUGCGUGCUCGCGAGUCAGGAGAGACAGUUGAACUCGCAUCGGACUCUCUUGGACUUGGCACAUCAUGAUGAAAGAUCAACUGGUCGUGCAGCAACGACCUUUAUCGACAGCUUGCCAGACCCAUUCUUCUAUCUACCAUCUUAUUCCGACGGACCCAACAGCUUAAGAACCUCCCACUUCGAAUUCGCUGUACUAUGCAAUCUCUAUCUUUACGUUCGAAAAUCCCUUGGAGACCUGAAAAGUCACCGGAAUGAACGACCCUUGAAUAAGAUAGCAGCUUCCCUGACUGUGAAUCACUUGACGAUGGACUAUGCAAAGAUGGCACAAAUCCUUCUGCGGCAUGGGUUUCGCGUUUCUGAUCGAGAUUUCGGCAUGACUCCGUUCGAAACAGUUUUCAUCCGGGCGCAGUACAUAAAUUUGCGGAAACACCCUACCGAGUGGGUCAAUUUUGCACGAGUGCUCAUCCAGGACGGUGGGCAAAACCCGAAUGAACUUCUUCAAUCAAGGCACACGCACCCCUUGGCAGAGCGAUUUUCUGCCCUCCAUGCUUCCUGGACCCGCGACAUGACACUAAUGCUCCUGCAAAAUAGAGCUGAUGUAAAUCUGAGAGAUUCUCAGGGGUAUACUCCGCUGGACACUUUCGUGCUCGAAGACACUUACAAGGAUCAAUCGUCUCUCAAAGCAGUAUUCGAGUGUGCCAUGCUACUCCUGUCACAUGGUGGUCGUCUAUCCCGUCGAGGUAAAAAAGGUCUUCCUGGGUUUCUGGAGCGAAUGCGAGAAGCCGGUUUUCAAUUUCCCAAUGCACUCAUAGAUCAGGCCGUGGACACGAGGACGAUAAGCGUGAGAAGCAAAAUCCGCGACUUCAUUUCACGACAUCUAGGUUGAACACGAGUAGAUGGUACCCCCAUCCCAAAGCCGAAGGACUUCAGCUCGAGAUUCCGCUUCGCAGACACGAGAGGAUCACGACAUCUAUGUUUGAGGGAUAAAUGGCAAUCUUUUUUGGAGUAAACCAGGAGUAAUGAGGGAAUGACCUUGCUAU